UAUGAAGACGUUUCAAUAGGUAACGUUGGUGCUGUCAGCGGCAGAAGCAGGAAGAGGGAAGGUGGGAUAGCGGGAUAGCAAGGAAGGCUAACGUCCCAAACCUGUUGGAAAACUUCUGGUUAAUGAUAACGAUGGGAUCUUCUAGAUGGAAAAGUACAGUAAUGGUCUUACUCUCUGCCUUUAGCAUGUUGUUACCAGUGAAAGCAGACGAGCAUGAGCACACGUAUACAGAUAAGGAGGAAGUGGUUUUGUGGAUGAAUACAGUGGGGCCGUAUCAUAACAGACAAGAGACCUACAAGUACUUCUCCCUUCCUUUUUGUGCGGGCAACAAGAAGACCAUCAGCCACUACCAUGAAACCCUUGGGGAGGCAUUGCAAGGUGUGGAGCUGGAGUUCAGCGGCCUAGACAUCAGAUUCAAAGAUGAAGUCAUGCAGACAACAUACUGUGAAAUCGAGCUGGACAAAGCCAAACGGGAUGCUUUUGUCUAUGCCAUCAAGAACCACUACUGGUAUCAAAUGUAUAUUGACGACCUUCCAAUUUGGGGCAUUGUUGGAGAAGCGGAUGAGAAUGGAGAGGAUCAUUACCUCUGGACCUAUAAGAAACUGGAAAUUGGAUUCAAUGCUGACAGGAUUGUUGAUGUCAACUUGACCAGUGAAGGGAAAGUUAAGCUGGUGCCAAACACAAGGAUUGCUAUGUCGUACUCUGUAAAAUGGAAGAAGUCUGAUGUCAAAUUUGAGGACAGAUUUGAUAAAUACCUUGACCCAUCCUUUUUUCAACAUAGAAUUCACUGGUUUUCAAUAUUCAACUCCUUCAUGAUGGUGAUUUUCCUGGUUGGUUUGGUGUCUAUGAUUUUGAUGAGGACACUACGGAAAGACUAUGCUAGAUACAGCAAAGAAGAGGAGAUGGAUGACAUGGACCGGGAUCUUGGAGAUGAGUAUGGAUGGAAGCAGGUUCAUGGCGAUGUGUUUCGACCAUCCAGUCACCCCAUGAUGUUUUCUUCACUGAUCGGCUCUGGCUGUCAAAUCUUCUCCGUGUCUUUCAUCGUCAUUGUGGUGGCCAUGAUUGGGGAUUUGUAUACCGAGAGAGGAUCCAUGCUGAGCACAGCUAUCUUUGUGUACGCUGCCACAUCUCCCGUCAACGGUUAUUUUGGUGGAAGUUUGUAUGCCAAACAAGGGGGAAGGAGAUGGAUCAAGCAGAUGUUCAUAGGGGCCUUUCUGAUCCCGGCCAUGGUGUGUGGUGUGGCCUUCUUCAUCAACUUCAUUGCCAUGUACUACCACGCCUCUCGGGCCAUCCCCUUUGGUACCAUGGUUGCAGUUUGUUGUAUUUGUUUCUUCGUCAUCCUCCCCCUCAAUCUGGUGGGCACCAUCCUGGGGAGGAACCUGUCUGGGCAGCCCAACUUCCCCUGCAGGGUGAACGCUGUCCCAAGGCCCAUCCCAGAGAAGAAAUGGUUUAUGGAACCAGCUGUUAUUGUGUGUCUUGGUGGCAUUCUACCAUUUGGGUCCAUUUUCAUUGAGAUGUACUUCAUCUUCACCUCAUUUUGGGCCUACAAGAUUUAUUACGUGUAUGGCUUCAUGAUGCUGGUCCUGGUGAUUCUGUGCAUUGUUACUGUGUGUGUGACCAUCGUGUGCACAUACUUCCUCCUUAACGCAGAAGACUACAGGUGGCAAUGGACAAGCUUCCUGUCUGCUGCAUCGACAGCCGUUUAUGUGUACAUGUACUCCUUUUACUACUACUUCUUCAAAACAAAGAUGUACGGGUUGUUUCAAACGUCCUUCUACUUUGGCUACAUGGCUGUGUUCAGCUCCUCACUGGGAAUCAUGUGUGGGGCUGUUGGAUACGUGGGAACGAGUGCCUUCGUGAGGAAGAUAUAUACCAAUGUUAAGAUUGACUGACUUCCUUCAGUCACAGAAAUAUUUGGACACAUGAAAGAUCCCAAGGUUUUUCCAGAGGCAGGCAACACUUGUUUUCAAAAAAGUGAUUGUGGAAUCUUGUAUAGAUCUUAAUUCAUUUUCUGGAUGAUUUGCAAUUAGAUGACAAGUGCACAGAAAAUAGGAGAACAGUAAUGUUUAAUUCUUUCCUAAUCAGCUCCUUCCAAUCACUCUUUUCCUGUAGUCUAAAGUUCCUCCGGUUCAUUUCUAAAUAUUUUAACAUGCUUCCCUCUUUCUGGCAGAUGCCUCACCCACCAACUGUGAACAUAGUUUUUAUUGAUGGAAUAAUGUAGCUCUCUUCAGUGAAGAGGCCCAAGUAUAUUGAAAGCCUUUAUUCUAUUUUCUGAGACUGUUGGAGAGUUGGGUUUGUGUUUGGAUUCUGUAGGUCACAUAAGAGGCAUCACACACACACACCAUCUGUAACCUUUCCAUCCAUUAGGCACACACUAGUUCACGUUCCAGUAACAUUUAGUUCUCUUUCCAUCCGGUUUCAAAGUUCCUUUAAAGCGACUCAGUCGAUCAACAAGCGUUCACAGCAGAACUCUAUGGUUUCUUCAUGAGAAUAAAGGAAGGCUGGAAAGGUUUUGUGGCAAAAAUGCCUCCCAGUCUGAUUUCUACAUGUUCUCAUCUGCUCAAAGAUAAUAUAUGGAUGGGGUAUAUGUAAACAACCUUCAUAAUGUUUGUUGGAUGUAGAUUCCCAAACUAUUUUGAUGUACAGAUGUGCUACAAGGGGAGUUUUUUUUAUAUUAUUAUUGCUAUUACUAUAUUUAGUCUUUUUUGGGGGCGGGGAGGGGAGGGGUGUAGAGGCACUAUUGGGCAGGUUGGCUUGGUUACAUCUUGCCUGAAAUUGCAUGACAUUUUCUCCUUGACAAAGGUACUUCAGAGUCUCUUUUUGGGCCACAUGACAGAGCGUUGCCUACGCCAUGUGCACUUCUGUAUCCGACUAGUCCUGCACACAGAUGUAGUCAUAAACAUGGGGAAUGGGGAAGUCUUUGUAAGUUUGUGUUUUUCCUUUUUUUUUUAAUGAUUUAAAGCUUUAAAACGCUCUCUGUGUGUUGGAUAGCUGAAUUCCUUGAGCUGUCUUCGGUAUCAGGGAAAUGAAUUAUUGUCGUGAAUGUCAUGAGAAAUGGCAUUCAUGCUGAUUUUCAACAAAUGAUACUGCACAAAUUCAACUCAGUGUAAAAUUAUUUAGAUGUUGUUCCCGACAGUGCUACAUCGUGCUUAAAAUGUGUUUUAUAUUUCAUGUAAAUACAGUAGGUAUAAAAAAAAAAUAAUCAAAAGUGGCUUUGCCAGUUUUAAGACUACAGUCCUGAUUCUCUUUCAUUUCUAAAUCCAUCUGGCAUUUUCCUUGGUUGGCAGGACAUUUUAAAACCAGAUGUGAACUUGUUGUAAAAAGACGAAAAAUAAACCUAAUAUCUGUA